GCGCAUCCUCCGGAAUUUGGAUCCCUACGGGACGCCGUGGGCCGUCUCCUCGCGGACCCGACCGACGCCGGGAGCAGUUCCCGCCCGCCCGUACCCUUGCCCGCCGCCCUGCAGCCCCGCCCCGUCCUGGAGGCCCCGCCUCCCGUGAAUCAGCUGAUGUCGCGGACCCGCGGGGCUCCAGCCGGUGCCGGGCGCGGUGCUGCCGGUGGCGCUGAGGUCUUGGGAUGCUAGUUGCAAAGGGAAUGAUUUGGUGAUGGAGUGUUCCCACUGACCGAUGGACUCAAAGAGAAAAAGUUCCACAGAAGCAGAAGGAUCCAAAGAAAGAGGCCUGGUCCAUGUCUGGCCAGCAGGAUCUUUUUUGGUUGCUCCGGAGAGAUUGCCAGGCUGGGGAGGAAAAACGGUUCUGCAAGCAGCCCUUGGUGUGAAGCAUGGAGUUCUUCUGACGGAAGAUGGUGAGGUCUACAGCUUUGGGACCCUUCCCUGGAGAAAUGACUCAGUGGAGAUUUGCCCAAGCAGCCCUGUUCUGGAAAAUGCCCUGGCUGGGCAACGUGUUGUUACUGUGGCGACAGGGAGUUUUCAUAGUGGAGCGGUGACCGAAAGUGGCGUGGUAUACAUGUGGGGGGAAAACUCUGCCGGCCAGUGUGCCGUUGCCAAUCAGCAGUAUGUGCCGGAGCCGAACCCUGUCAGCAUUUGUGAUUCGGAUAGCAGCCCCUUGUUAGCAGUCAGGAUUCUGCAGUUGGCCUGUGGUGAGGAGCACACGCUGGCACUGUCAAUAAGCAGAGAGAUUUGGGCAUGGGGUACGGGCUGCCAGCUGGGUUUCAUCACCACCACCUUCCCGGUUACCAAGCCACAGAAGGUGGAACAUCUGGCCGGGCGUGUGGUGCUACAGGUUGCAUGUGGUGCGUUCCACAGCCUAGCGCUUGUGCAGUGCCUGCCUUCCCAGGACCUGAAGCCGGUCCCAGAAAGAUGCACCCAGUGCAGCCAGCUGCUGAUUACCAUGACUGACAAAGAGGACCAUGUGAUUAUAUCCGACAGUCACUGCUGCCCACUGGGAGUGGCUCUGUCAGAGUCCCAGGCAGAGAGCCAUUCCAGCACUGCCAUCAGCCCCUCCGUGGACACCCUUGACAGUCAGGGAGAAGUAUUCGAGAACACUCCCACAGAACGUGAUGGGCCCAUUGCUGCCGAACUGAAGGAGAAAAGCAUUGAAACCACCAGCGGCAACCUCAACUCCUCCCAAGCAGAAAUGGGAACAGUGGAAGUUUCCUCUGCCGGGAACACUCCAUCACACCCCAACGCCCAGGCUGUGAAUGAAUGCUUGGGGAAACUGUCGGGCCAUUCGGUGAGAGGGGAAUCAGAGAACAGUGAGAAGCCAGUGCCAUCUCAGCCUCUUGUAGAAGAAGCAAUUCCUAAUCUUCACAGCCCACCAACCACAAGCACCUCUGCCCUCAACAGCCUGGUGGUCUCUUGUGCAUCUGCUGUUGGUGUGAGAGUGGCGGCGACCUAUGAAGCUGGGGCCUUGUCUCUUAAGAAAGUGAUGAACUUUUAUAGCACAGCCCCUUGUGAGCCUGGAGUGCAGGCAGGCAGCAGUACACUAGGCCCAGAAGGCCUGAAGGAUAGCAGAGAAGAGCAGGUCAAACAGGAAUCCAUGCAAGGGAAGAAGAGUUCGAGUCUUGUGGAUAUCCGAGAGGAGGAAUCUGAGGGGGGCAGUCGAAGACUCUCCCUCCCUGGUUUGUUGUCACAAGUCUCCCCCAGGCUUUUAAGAAAGGCUGCUCGGGUGAAGACGAGAACUGUGGUUCUGACCCCCACGUACAGCGGAGAAGCAGAUGCCCUCCUACCUUCCCUGCGGACAGAGGUGUGGACCUGGGGGAAAGGGAAGGAAGGGCAGCUGGGCCAUGGCGACGUGCUGCCAAGGCUUCAGCCGCUGUGUGUGAAAUGUCUGGAUGGUAAAGAAGUCAUCCACCUGGAGGCUGGCGAUUACCAUUCUCUCGCUCUAACUGCGAAAUCCCAGGUUUACUCAUGGGGUAGCAAUACCUUUGGUCAACUUGGGCAUUCUGAUUUUCCAACAACAGUUCCUCGUCUUGCAAAGGUGAGCAGUGAACAUGGAGUCUGGAGUGUAGCUGCAGGCCAAGAUUAUUCCCUGUUUUUGGUGGAUACAGAAGACUUCCAGCCUGGGCUAUAUUACAGUGGCCGACAGGACCCUACAGAAGGUGACAACCUUCCAGAGAAUACCAGUGGUACUAAGACUCCAGUACUUCUCUCCUGUAGUAAGCUUGGAUAUGUAAGCAGAGUCAUAGCAGGAAAAGAGAGUUAUAUAGCCUUGGUGGACAAAAACAUCAUGGGGUAUAUAGCCAGUCUUCAUGAGUUGGCUGCUACAGAAAGACGGUUCUAUUCAAGACUAAGUGACAUCAAAUCUCAGAUUCUCAGGCCUCUUCUCAGCUUGGAAAAUUUGGGCAGUGCCAACACAGUUCAGUUGUUGCAGGAGGUGGCAAGCCGAUUCAGUAAGCUGUGUUACUUAAUUGGUCAGCAUGGAGUCUCCCUGAGAAGCUUCCUGCAGGGGAUGAAGGAAGCCAGGAACCUGGUCAUUCUGAAGCAUGCCAGUCUCUUCCUGGACAGUUAUACAGAGUAUUGCACAUCUAUUACAAAUUUCCUGGUUAUGGGAGGAUUCUCGCUUCUUGCCAAACCUGCCAUUGAUUUCCUAAAUAAAAACCAAGAGCUAUUACAAGAUUUAUCUGAAGUAAAUGAUGAAAACAUUCAGUUGAUGGAAAUAUUGAAUACUCUGUUUUUUGUGCCAAUCAGACGACUUCAUAAUUAUGCAAAAGUUUUACUAAAGCUUGCCACUUGUUUUGAAGUGACAUCUCCAGAAUAUCAGAAACUGCAGGACUCCAGUUCUUGUUAUGAGUCUCUUGCUCUCCAUCUCGGCAGGAGAAGGAAGGAAGCAGAAUACACGCUGGGCUUCUGGAAGACCUUCCCGGGAAAGAUGACGGAUUCCUUGAGGAAGCCAGAGCGACGGCUGCUGUGUGAGAGCAGUAACCGAGCCCUGUCUCUGCAACACGCAGGAAGGUUUUCUGUGAAUUGGUUCAUUCUCUUCAAUGAUGCCCUGGUGCAUGCCCAGUUCUCCACGCACCAUGUUUUCCCUCUGGCCACACUGUGGGUGGAGCCACUUUCUGAAGAAGCUGGUGGUGUGAAUGGCAUAAAGAUAACUACACCUGAAGAACAGUUCACUCUCAUUUCAUCAACACCCCAGGAAAAGACAAAGUGGCUGCGGGCGAUCAGCCAAGCUGUGGACCAGGCCUUGAGGGGGACAUCUGAUCUUCCGCCUUAUGGAGGGGGCAGUGGUGUUCAGUGGCAAGAACCGCCCAUUUCACGUAGUGCCAAGUACACGUUCUACAAGGACCCUCGCCUGAAGGAUGCCACUUAUAAUGGACGUUGGCUUUCGGGGAAACCUCAUGGCAGAGGUGUCUUGAAGUGGCCUGAUGGAAAGAUCUAUACUGGCAUGUUCAGGAAUGGCUUGGAAGAUGGGUAUGGUGAGUACAAAAUACCACACAAGGCUCUGAACAAAGAAGACCAUUAUGUGGGUUAUUGGAAAGAAGGAAAAAUGUGUGGUCAAGGAGUCUACAGUUAUGCCUCUGGUGAAGUGUUUGAAGGCUGUUUUCAAGAUAAUAUGCGUCAUGGUCAUGGUCUCCUACGAAGUGGAAAAUUGACUUCCUCUUCUCCUAGUAUGUUCAUUGGCCAGUGGGUGAUGGAUAAGAAAGCCGGAUAUGGUGUCUUUGAUGAUAUCACCAGGGGGGAGAAGUAUAUGGGAAUGUGGCAAGAUGAUGUCUGUCAAGGGAAUGGUGUGGUGGUUACCCAGUUUGGACUAUACUAUGAAGGCAACUUCCAUCUUAAUAAGAUGAUGGGAAAUGGGGUCUUACUUUCUGAAGAUGAUACCAUCUAUGAGGGAGAAUUCUCUGAUGAUUGGACUCUCAAUGGAAAGGGAACCCUGACCAUGCCACAUGGAGAUUACAUUGAAGGUUAUUUUAAUGGAGAAUGGGGAUCUGGGAUCAAAAUCACUGGAACCUAUUUCAAACCUAGUCUUUAUGAGAGUGAUAAAGACAGACCACAAGUAUUCAGGAAACUGGGCAACCUGGCAGUGCAGGCUGAUGAGAAGUGGAAAGCAGUGUUUAAUGAAUGUUGGCACCAGCUGGGCUGUGAGAGUCCUGGACAAGGGGAGGUUUGGAAAGCAUGGGAAAACAUUGCUGUGGCCUUGACCACCAGUCGGCGUCAACAUCGAGACAGUCCUGAAAUACUAAGUCGCUCACAGACGCAGACACUAGAGAGUUUGGAAUUCAUUCCACAGCAUGUUGGCGCCUUCUCCGUGGAGAAAUAUGAGGACAUCAAGAAAUAUUUAAUCAAGGCCUGUGACACUCCUCUGCACCCCCUGGGCAGGCUCGUGGAGACCCUGGUCGCCGUGUACAGAAUGACCUACGUGGGUGUGGGAGCCAACCGCCGGUUAUUGCAAGAGGCUGUGAAAGAGAUCAAGUCCUACCUUAAGCGAAUUUUCCAGCUGGUGAGGUUCUUAUUCCCUGAGCUGCCUGAAGAGGGCAGCACAAUUCCUCUCUCAGCCCCUCUGCCUACUGAACGGAAAUCCUUCUGCACCGGGAGAUCAGACUCCAGACCUGAGUCACCAGAGCCAGGGUACGUGGUCACAAGUUCUGGGUUGGUACUGCCCGUUCUGCUGCCCCGGCUCUACCCGCCACUCUUCAUGCUCUAUGCUUUGGAUAACGACCGCGAGGAAGACAUUUAUUGGGAGUGUGUCCUGCGACUAAACAAGCAGCCAGACAUUGCCCUCCUGGGCUUCCUCGGGGUGCAGAGGAAAUUUUGGCCAGCGACUUUGUCAGUCCUUGGAGAGAGUAAAAAGGUUCUGCCAACCACAAAAGAUGCUUGUUUCGCCUCGGCAGUAGAGUGUCUGCAGCAGAUCAGCACGACAUUCACCCCAUCAGACAAACUCAAGGUCAUCCAGCAGACAUUUGAGGAGAUCUCUCAGAGUGUCCUGGCUUCCCUCCAGGAGGACUUCCUGUGGUCCAUGGAUGACUUGUUCCCUGUUUUCUUGUAUGUGGUGCUGCGGGCCAGGAUCAGGAACUUGGGCUCCGAGGUCCACCUCAUCGAGGACCUGAUGGACCCCUACCUUCAGCAUGGAGAGCAGGGCAUCAUGUUCACCACUCUGAAGGCAUGUUACUACCAGAUCCAGCGUGAGAAGCUUAACUAGGCCACACAACAGCUUGAGAUCCGGAUUAUCCACUGCAGAGUGCUAUAGCACCAUCUGGCAUCUUCUGGCUGUAGCAAAGAACAGUGUGGAACUUGGAAAGGACAUUGUGAUGUUUUGGUUGUCAUUUCUGAGCCUUACUAAUAAUCAGAGCCCACAGCGCAGGGGGCGGGGGAAGAAAAGACUAUAUGGUUUAAAAGGAAGGAUUGAAAAAGAAGGUAGAAGUCCAUUUAAACCAGUCUUUGGCGCGUGUAAGUUCCCAGAAUAUAACGCCACCUGGCAUUUGGAGAAAGCAACAGCAAAUGUCGGCUCCACAGAGUUAGAAGGAAAGUUACCAGCUUCACUUCUUCCAUUAAACAAUUGAUGAGUAUUUUGAGUUCCUGAUUUGCCUGAACCCAUCUGCAGUGACCCCAGAGCCCUUUGCAAGGACCAGCCUAUACUUGAACUCACAGUGGCCACACUCUGCCUUCCUGAAUCCCAACGUGUCAUGUGUGCAUCCUGCUUUGCUGAGGAAGGGGACAGAAGAACUUGUGAACUGCAGUUUUAACUUUUUCUAAGCUUUUCCACAACGGUAUUUAAAUGGAAGAGGGUCUAAGCAACAGCUACCUUCCCAGCCUGACCCCCAACCGUGGAAUGCAUUCAAGUCGUGGGCAUCUGUCUCCUGUGAAAAAGAACAUAGGAAUUGAGGCUUCACUUUCCUCCCUGUGCUACACACAGUGAAUACACUGGAAUCUAAAAACUGAGUGGCAGCUGCCGGGGGAGCUCAGGAGUCCGUGUGCAAGGGCUGCCAUCAGUGGCCUUCCAGCAGGAGCCUGAGGACCUCGCGCCUGCAGGCUGACGAAGCCAGCUCUGGCUACCACAUCUCAAAAGCAUUGCACCUCCACAUUUUAGAGUUUGGCUUUUUUGUGUGUAUUUGUUUUAAACGUGCCCUGUUUUAACUGCUUGGUUUACACUGUACCAGUAACGCCAGUAGCUGUUCCAGAUAACAUAGGUGCUCUCGCUCAGCUCGGCUUGGCUCAGCUAGGCACCACACCGUGCUGAGCGGACACGGGUCCUGAUCUCUGUGAAGUGACUCGGCAGACAUUCAUCAUGUUUGUGAAGGGAUCAUGGUUUCAGCUCUACUUUAUAAUCAAACUAAGUGUUUGUUACACACUGUUUCGGAAUGUAGGCUGUCAUGUAACAGCAGUUUUCAUAAUAAAAAAGAUGUUCAUCUUUA